AUGGGAACCUUCUCUUCGCAUGACCCCGGACCAGGCCCUCAAGCAUGCUUGGAUUCAUCAGUCUAGGAACCUCAAGCCACAGCCCAGGCCCCAGACCCUGAGGAAAUCCAGUUUCGUUUUCUCCUCUGAGACAAGGAAGAACAAGGUUCAAGGCCGUCAUCACUCGAGCAGAAAAGAUGAGAUCACCAGAGAGACUAUAGACAAAACAAAAGAUGGCCCCAUGAGGCAUAUUCAGCAUUCAGGUGAUCAGUGGGACCCUCUCCAGCACACAGCUGACACUGUUCAGCUGCCUCCACUGGUAGAAGCUCUCCCGAAGUCAGAGGCAGCUGUUGGGGCAGAAGUGUCCUUGACCUCCACAGGACAGAGCAAAAAUUCCUCCCCAAAGAACACAAACAUUUUACCCCCCAUUGUAUGACCUUUGCUGAGGGUGUGUCCUGCUCCUUUCCACCAGUGAUUUGUAUUGACAGCACUUACAUUGGACAAUACUUCAGACUGUUGCUUUUUAAUACAGAAAAGUUUAUUUAAAAAAACUCU